UUGUGAACACGGAGACCUCUCUGGACUCACAAUUAAAGGCUACAUAAUGCAUUCCACUACAAGUGACGAAAUCCAGCGCCCAGAAUAACAAGCAAGACAACUUUUUAAAGUGACUCUUGUUGACCAGUGUCUCCUGUGCAUUUGUUUGGUAAGCUUCUGGUGGAUUUUUCAAGAGGCUAGAAUGAAUUCUUCUGAAUUAUUCUCAAGGAAGAGUGACUCUUCCUGAUGGCAAAGCAGAUGCCCUAGCAUACACACCAGCAGGUGACUGCCAUGUUCCUCGAGUCAGUGUGACUCUGUUAAGAACGUUGAAGUUGUCCUUCUGCUCGAGUCCAGGGAGAGAAUGCUGAAGCUAGUGGCCACAGAUGUCUUUAACUCCAAAAACCUGGCCGUUCAGGCACAAAAGAAGAUCUUGGGUAAAAUGGUGUCCAAAUCCAUCGCCACCACAUUGAUCGAUGACACAAGCAGCGAGGUGCUGGACGAGCUCUACAGAGUGACCAAGGAAUACACCCAGAACAAGAAGGAGGCUGAGAAAAUCAUCAAAAACCUCAUCAAGACAGUCAUCAAGUUGGCCAUCCUUUACAGGAAUAAUCAGUUUAAUCAAGACGAGCUGGCACUGAUGGAGAAGUUCAAGAAGAAAGUCCACCAGCUUGCUAUGACGGUGGUCAGUUUCCAUCAGGUGGAUUACACCUUUGACCGGAACGUGUUAUCCAGGCUGCUGAACGAGUGCAGAGACCUGCUCCACCAGAUCAUCCAGCGCCACCUCACUGCCAAGUCACACGGACGGGUUAAUAAUGUCUUUGAUCAUUUUUCAAAUUGUGAAUUUUUGGCUGCCUUAUAUAAUCCCUUUGGAAAUUUUAAACCUCACUUACAAAAACUUUGUGAUGGAAUCAACAAAAUGUUGGAUGAAGAGAACAUAUGAGUAUGUGAGUUAAGAUUGUGACUGAUUGUGAUUUAUUUGAAGUUGGAGCACUGCUGAUUCAUGAAGGAACAAAAGAAUUUUUUUUAAAAGGUUAUACAUAUUUCAGAAAGACUUUGCCCAAUUCAGCUGUCAGACAUUAAUGGUAGUGCUUUCAUGAGGUUUUAUUUGAAGAAAACUUUGCCAAAAGUUCUGGCUAAAAGCUUGUUAAUGGGUGAGAGAUCAUGAGAAAAAUGUAUGGUUGGUAAUGCACAUGUAGAGUUAUAUAAAAGAGAAACAAGUACGGCUCCGAACUUUAAGAUGUUUUUAGGGCAGUUAUUGGUGGCACAUUGGAUAUUUCUGAUAUGUACAAAAUUACAUAUUUUGUUUCACUUUUAUUCCUUACUAUGUAUAUGCUCUUUUAUGAAGCCAAGAACUUUUUCUGUCAUUGCUCCUUUUGAGUCAGUUCUAUUUUCAGGCCUACUCUUGAUUCUUGUGUAAUAGAUUAUGUCAUUGACAUUCUAGAAUUAAUUCUGAGGCAGUCAUGUUAAACCCUCAGAAAAACAAAAAAAAAACUCCAUAUAUGAAAUCAGUACUGUGGUAGUGAAUUAAUUAGACAUUAUGAAUUAGGUCCAAUGUAUGGAAUAUGCUUCUGAAAAAAAAAGUACUUCUUCUUUUGUUCCAACAGUGACACUCAAAUUCUCAAAAAUGUAAUGGCAUGUUAUUGCUUUGAAAUGCUUGCUUCAAGUUUCUCUUUGAUGUUGUCUUUGAAAGUGUGCUGAUAAAAAUCUCCAUUAUUAACGUCCAUUUCAUGUGUUAGAGACUAAGAGAAAAUAUAUCUAUCAAUUGGUUUUGAUAUUGAGGCAAUAAAAAAUGGAUAACUUUAAUAAAGUAAAAAAAUAUUCAUUUUAGAGAUGAACCCAACAAAAUAAAUUAGGAGCAUGUGGGACAAAAGGGAAGAAAGGGAAGAAAGGAUGUUGCUAAAGAACAUGAGCAGAAAGAUGAAUGCGUUUUGUUGUUUAAGAAGGUUUGAUAAAUAAACAAUGUCACUUUUUUUUAUUUACC